AUGGAUAUGAACGAGCGACGAUCCAGCAUUUCUGGGCGCAUUCGUAAUACAUCCGUCUCAUUAGCAGAUGCAGCUCUAAAUUUUAAUCCUCAAUUGGGGAUGUGGGCAGCAACCGGUACCGCCAUAGCCUAUGCUCCAACGUUGGAAGAACUCCGAGAGCCCAUUUCCGGAGGCGCAAAUAUCGAAUUCAAUGAACAUGGUCACUCUACGCGUACCGUCACGACAGACUUAAAUGGUGAACCAGUCCUCGCAAAAGCUUCAUCGCGUACACAAACCCGUCGAUUGAGUAAUGCCCAAGUUUUAAAUCCUGUACCAGUGGUGGGCCAUGAGAAUUCCAAUAUCGUACUCGAAACUGAACCUAAAUUUGUGAAACCUUCAUUAAAGACUCGAACAACAGUCAUUGAAGAAGAAAGACAUGGUUGGGGCCCUGCCGUUAAACAUGGUUUUGCUGCAUUUUGGAAAUUCGCAACAACGCCUACUGGUUUCUUGAUGACGAUAUAUGGAUUGAAUAUUGUGGCAUGGGGAGCUAUGCUUUUCUUCUUACUGCUAGAUGCCGCUCCAGCAAUGGAUCAUCCGGAUAAAGAUUCUAAUGAUUCACCUAGGAAGAAAUGGUUGGAAAUUGAUUCCCAGAUUUUAAACGCUUUAUUUUGCGUCACUGGAUUUGGCUUGGCUCCCUGGCGAUUUAGAGAUUUAUGGAAUUUGUUGCAGGUGAGAUUUGGGAAGAAUAAGAAAGCAAUGAAGAGGUUGGCAAAGCAAAAUGAAAGUUGGUUUAGACCUGAGGCUUGGUAUACAGAUUCGCUCAGGAAUGAGAAUGAAGAGAAUGGUGUUUCUAUUCCAACCACUUUCACUGGGGAAGUCGCACCUCCUACUAGCUUAUGGAAACUAAGCUUUGUGGUUUGGAUGAUGGUUUUGAAUACUUUAUUUCAAGGAGUGUUGGCUGGAUUCAUGUGGGGAUACAACAGAAUCAAUAGACCGUCAUGGGCGACUGGUACAUUUAUUGCCUGUGGGUGCGCUGUUAGCUUAUUCGCAGGAAUUAUGAUGUGGUGGGAGGGGAGGAAGGUCAAGAAGAUUGAAGGCCCAGUAAUCAAGGUUAUAGACCCGGAUGAGAAAGAGACAGAGUUGGAGGAUCAGUCAAACAAAUGA